AGAUUGUCAGCGGCACCGGGGCAGGAGGAGGGGAACUUUUAUCCUGAAUUUCAUGUUGCUCCGCAGCUCAACACUGUUUAACCUUCUUCACCGUUUAAUUUAGUGCUCAGGCAGCAACACCUCUCACGUUUUGUUCAUGACGCGUUACCGGACAGUUAAAUAGUGCUGUGACGUAGUGAGCUGUCGUAGCUUAGCAGGACAACUUGUAAUUGGAAAUACAGGUAGUUAUCUUUUUAGCUAACGGCUAACAGGAACGACACCGGGAGACGAGCAUGAACUACCCCCCCACCAAGCGCCUUCGAGGCCUGAACCAGGAUGUCGUGACGGCCUUCAAUGACCCGUUUGGAGAUGACGACGACUUCACCCAGGACGACUUGGAUGAGAUUGACACCAUUGCCUCGCAGGCCAUCACCGCGAUUGCUACACCCGGGCUUGGGAUGAAACCAGGACCCAAACCGAUGGAGCCGACCCUCGGGUCCAACUGGCCGCAGCCGGCGGGGCAGAGCAAAUCUGUGAGCAGAGCCACAACCAAUCAGAGUAGCGAGAACACGUUUGGGUUCAGCAGCAACCGAGGGAAUGCCGGGAUGCCAAGCAGAGAGCCUCUCGGUAACAGGCAGCAGCGGUUUGGGUCGGACAGAGAAGACUCACACGGUCUGCUGGAGGCUCAGCAUGCAGAGCUCAAGAGGAAGCUGAAGGAGGUGGAGGAGGAGAUCGUGUUGAAGAGUGGGGAGAUCCGGGUCCUGAGGGACUCUCUGAAAGGAGCUCAACAGGAGAAGGAGACCCAAAGGCAGAACCAGAUCCAGCUGGAGAUCCAGAGACAGAGAGAGCAGAGCGAAAAGGAGAAGGAGCUUAACAAGAAGGUUCAGUCUUUGAAGUCAGAGCUGCAGUUUAAAGAAGCCGAGAUCAACGAGAUGAAGACCAAACUUCACAGUUCAGACAAAACCAAGACGGCCUCUCCGCUGCCUAGAAACAGUCCGAAAGUGCUCGGCUGUCUCGCCCAGCUGCAUCAUGGGAGCGUUGGCAGCUCGUCGUCGCCAACAGGAAAUGGCUUCAUCACCAAGGAGAUGUUUGGAGCCCACGUUCCCUCCAGAGCGACGACGCGGAGAGACGCAGACAGAGGGGGGUCCAGCAGCAGAUCUGGGGACAAACAGGAAGUGUCUCGACCGGACCCCUUCCUGUCCGUCAGACCUGCACACCUGCAGCACCCAGGUGGCGUCCUGCUGGGGUUGCUGCUGCAGCAGCCUUUGUCUCCCAGCAGCCUCGGCCUGUCUCACCUGCUCUCUAUGAGUCUGAGUGACAUCCACCCGACAUCCAGCAAGUCUGCAGGUUUUCUGCUCCAGUCUGAUGCUGCUGUGGGUGUCAGCGGGGGUGAAGGUGCGGCUCCCAGGCCUACUCUGAGUCCUCUCCAGAGUCUGGCUGUGACUGGACUCAACAUGCUGAGUCAGAACCGAUCAGCAGCCGCAGCCGGCAGCAGAAACAAAAGGUCGUGUCCCGGAGCCGUCCUCUUCCUCCCACUUUUGGAGCUUCACCUGUCUCGACUCUGUCAGGCUCUGGACUCGCUGCGCUCCACCUCCGCUGGCAGCGGUGGUUCAAACUCUACCGGCGCCAGCUCGCUCCCAGCAGGCGUUGCUGCUGGACUGGGGAGACUGGACGAGGCUGGUUUGACUGGUUUCAGUGUAGAGGACACUGGGUUGGCUGCUCUGAGGCUCCUCUACCUGUUGGUGGCCCACAGCGACGAGGUGGUGGAAGCUGUGCUGUCGAAGGAGAAUCAGAGCAGAGUUACAGACAUGAAGACUGAACACUCUGCUGCGGGUGUGGUUCUGUGCUCCCAGAAUGCCUUGCUGCAGUCCGUGUUGCGGCUGUGUGAAGCGGGGCUCGGCGGCGGCUGCGUUGGUUCGCAGAAUGAGGAGCUGGUCCUCGAUGCCAUGAAGACUCUGUGUGUCGUCAUCGAGAGGACGCCACGCACGCAUGCCGACAGGUUGCAGUGUGUGUUGCAGGUGGUGUGUGCGUGUUUGUCAGCAGACUGCAGGUUGCACACGGUUUUGGGAUGCGUGUCUGUCCUCACGUCCAUGACCGACCACCAGACUCUGGCUCAGCGGCUCUGCUCUCAGCACGACCCGUGUAUUUUCCUGAAGUUGUUCCAGUUCAUCAGAACCAGACCAGACAACCGAGCAACACACACAGACUGGAUUCUGCUGGACCUGCGGGUUGUUCGUUUGCUGAGCAGACUGAUGACUCAGAGAGCAGAGAGCUGGACCACCAGCCAGCACAGCAGCUGCCAGUGUUACACUGAGUUGGUUCAGACAGUGGUGAUUGUUUUCCAUCGUCAGUGGUUGGAUCUUCGUGGUUCUCAGGACUCAACAGGCCUUGCUGCGCCCUCACAGAAGUGCCACGCCCGCCCGUCGCCAUGGUGGCGCAGCCCGGCAGCGUCGCUGCUCAGAGAGUGUCUGCUGCUGCUGCACUGGCUGCUGCUGCAUCACGGCAGCUUCUCGGAGAACUGCAGGCCGCUGCUGCACAUGUACGACCAGGUGAUCCCUGCUGUCCGAGACACGCUGAGGAAGAUCCCCGAGCUGAGCGAGAGCGAGGAGCUGGCGUUGGAGGAGAUCUGCCGCUCGGAGGGCGACGACACUGAUGACAUGGACACGGAUACUGGCUCCUGAUUGGCUGAUUCCACCAGCGAUCAGUGAGCGGACACGAGCGACGGUUUACUGACCGAUUGGAUAUUUCAGGCUGAGACGAGCUCAAAAGACUAAAGUGGAUGUUGGAGAGAAAUGAAGGAUGAGAGAAAAGAGGUGUGACUGAAGUGAUGAAGUCACAGGAUUCGUUCUGCUGUCUGAUGCUAACAAUAAAACGUAAAGGUGAGAAAAGGUGCUGCUGUCAGAGUUCAUGUUCUGUAUGUGGUUUCUGUCUGUCUGUACUCUGGUUCUGAUACUUCUCUGUGGCUCACACCUUUAGUUAAUAUACUGAUACU